AUGUCUCAGGGAUUAAUCUUCAUAACGGGGGCCUCUGGCUUUAUUGGCAGCGCCACUGCCGUGGAAGCCCUAAAGGCUGGAUAUCGACUACGAGUGUGCCUUCGUAGGCCCUCGCCUCAAUUGCAGGCCUUACUGUCAAAGUAUGGAAGUCAAGUGGAAUUUGUGUUCGUUUCAGAUCUUACGGAUGAAAUGGCGUUCGGCGACAAGCUGGACGGGGUGGACUUUGUGCUCCAUCUGGCAUCCCCUCUUCCUCAUGGCACCGACAAGGAAACUUAUUUCACCCCAGCAGUCAAAGGCACUACUGCCUUGCUGAAGGCGGCAAGCAAGGUACCAAGUAUCAGGAAGGUCGUCGUUACCUCAUCCAUGGCUGCUUUGGUGCCAUUGACUGGUGUUCCAGAGGGUGGAGUAAUCCAAGAAAACAAUGAUUGGGAUCUAUCAGUCGAUGAAGAUGGAAACUUCGAGGACCCUACGAAUCCGGCUGCAACACCCAUGACACUCUAUAUGGCUUCCAAGCUGCUUUCCGACGCGGCAACUUGGGACUUUUGGAAAACAGCUAAGCCGAAGUACGCCUUAGUGACGCUGCAUCCAGCAUUUGUGUAUGGCCGCAAUCUGAUGCAGACAUGUGCCGACGGGGUCAAGAGAGGGUCCAACGGGGCUCUAUGGGGAUUUAUCAUGGCAGGCACCCCGACUGGAUUUUUGACUGCAGUGCAUGUUCAGGAUGUCGCCGAAGCGCAUAUCCGAGCGCUCGAUCAGAAAAUAGUGGAUGGCUCGAAGUAUCUGCUGGCUGGGAGAAGUACGACUGUACCCGAAAUUGCACGGUUUAUUCAAAAGCGCUACCCAGAUGCUGGGGCAGUCAUCACCGAGGAUGCGCCUAGUGUGGUGAGCCCAGUUAAUACAGCCAAAGCGGAGAGAGAGCUUGGUAUGAAAUGGCGCCCAUUUGAGGCUAUCCUAGAAGAUGUUAUGGAUCAACAGCUUGGGUUUUGCCGAAAUGCAUCUAUCUAG